CUCACCUUCACAUUUCCAUCACCACAACAAAUCAAUUCCUUCUCUAUUUCCAAUCUCAAACAAAUUUUCAGUUUCCAAUUUCAAUUUUCAGUUUCAAAUCUCAAUGGCUCGUACCAAGCAAACCGCAAGAAAAUCCACCGGAGGAAAAGCUCCACGUAAGCAACUCGCAACCAAAGCCGCUCGCAAGUCAGCACCAGCCACCGGAGGAGUGAAGAAGCCUCACCGUUUCAGACCCGGAACCGUCGCUCUUCGUGAAAUCCGUAAGUACCAGAAGAGCACAGAGCUUCUCAUCAGGAAACUUCCAUUCCAACGUCUUGUUCGUGAAAUCGCUCAAGAUUUCAAAACCGAUCUCCGUUUCCAGAGUAGCGCUGUUUCUGCUCUUCAGGAAGCUGCUGAGGCUUAUCUUGUUGGAUUGUUCGAAGAUACUAACCUUUGCGCUAUUCAUGCCAAGAGAGUUACAAUUAUGCCUAAGGACAUUCAACUUGCAAGAAGAAUCAGAGGCGAAAGGGCUUAGGGUUAUUUAUGUAAUUUAGGUUGAAAUUUCGUCUUGUUUAGGGUAUCGUCUUAUGUAAUCGUGUGUUCCUACUUAUCAUUAUUAUCAGAAUGAAAUGAAAUUUCUUGUUUCAUAUCAA